AUAUAUUUAUUAUUAUUAUUAAUUAUAUUGAAUAUGUUAAUAAUAUCAAUAAUUUAUUUGUUUAUAUUAUUUAUAAAUAAAAUAAAAAAUAAUUUAAAUUUAAUUAUUGGAAAUUUAAUUAUUAUUAAUUUAUUAUUAAAUUUAUUUAAUUUAAAUUGAAUUGAUUGAAUUUAUAUUUUUUGUAAUUUAAGAUUUAAUAUAUAUUCAUAUGGAUUGAUUAUAUUAACUUUAUGAAUUUUUGGAUUAAUUUUUAUUUCUUUAAAUAAUAAUAGAUUAAAUUGUUUAUUUAUAAAUUUAUUAUUAAUAAUUUCUUUAUUAUUAGUUUUUUUAUCUAUAAAUUUAUUAUUAUUUUAUUUAUUUUAUGAAUUUGGUUUGUUAUUAAUUUUUUAUUUAGUUGUAAAAUGAGGUUAUAGUGAAAAUCGAUGAUUAUCUGGAUUUUAUUUAAUAUUUUAUACAAUGAUUUUUUCUUUACCAAUAUUAUAUAUUAUUUAUUAUAUUUAUUUAAUUGAUUAUAGAUUAAAUUUUAUAUUAAUAGAGAUAUUAAAUUUAAAUUUAAAUAUAAUAUUAUUUAUUUAUUUAUUAAUAUCAUUUUUGGUUAAAAUUCCUAUUUAUUUAUUUCAUGGUUGGUUAUUAAAAGCUCAUGUUGAAGCUCCUUAUUAUGGAUCAAUAAUUUUAGCUUCAAUUAUAUUAAAAUUAGGAGGAUAUGGAAUAUUACGAUUGAUAAUUAUUUAUAAAAAUGAAUUUAUUUUAAUUCAAAAAAUUUUGGUAAUAAUUAAUUCUUUUGGGGUUUUAAUUUUAAGAUUAAUAUGUUUAUCACAAUUUGAUAUAAAAUCAAUUAUUGCAAUUUCAUCUAUUGUUCAUAUAGGAUUAAUAAUUAUAAGAAUAAUAACUUUUUUAAAAAUUAGAUUAAUUGGAGGAUAUUUAAUAAUGAUUUCUCAUGGUUUAAGUUCUUCAGGUUUAUUUUUUUUAGUUAAUGUAAUUUAUAGACAAACUAAUAGACGAUUAAUAUUUAUUAAUAAAGGUAUAAUUAAUUUUAUACCUUCAAUAUCAUUAUUAUGAUUUAUGUUAUGUUCAUCAAAUAUAGGAUCUCCAGUUUCUUUAAAUUUAAUUAGCGAGGUUAUAUUAUUAAUUGGGAUAAUUUCGUGGUUAAAAUUUAUAAUAUUAAUUUUAAUAAUAUAUUGUUUAUUUAGAUUUAUUUAUUCAAUUUAUUUAUUUAUAUUUAUUAAUCAUGGAAAAAUUUUUAUUAUGUUUAAAAUUAAAAAUGGAAUUUUAGUUGAAUAUUUUGUAUUAUUAUUACAUUGAAUUCCUUUAAAUUUAAUGUUUUUAAAACUUUAUUUUAUUUAA